GGCCGGGACCUGCUGGCUUGCACGGCGGGUGCGGAAACGCCACGGAAGGCGUGCGGGCGCGGGUAGACAUCAUGCCGCUGGAGCUGGAGCUGUGCCCCGGGCGCUGGGUGGGUGGGCAGCACCCGUGCUUCAUCAUCGCGGAGAUCGGCCAGAACCACCAGGGCGACCUGGACGUGGCCAAACGCAUGAUCCGCACGGCCAAGGAGUGUGGGGCUGACUGCGCUAAGUUUCAGAAGAGUGAGUUGGAGUUCAAGUUUAACCGCAAGGCCCUGGAGAGACCGUAUACUUCGAAGCAUUCGUGGGGGUCGACAUAUGGGGAGCAUAAACGGCACCUAGAAUUCAGCCACGCCCAGUACAGGGAGCUGCAGCGCUACGCGCAGGAGAUCGGCAUCUUCUUCACUGCCUCUGGCAUGGACGAGAUGGCGGUUGAGUUUCUGCAUGAACUGAAUGUUCCAUUUUUCAAAGUUGGAUCUGGCGACACUAACAAUUUUCCUUAUCUGGAGAAGACAGCCAAGAAAGGUCGUCCUAUGGUGAUCUCCAGUGGGAUGCAGUCGAUGGACACCAUGAAGCAGGUCUAUCGGCUCGUGAAACCCCUCAACCCCAACUUCUGCUUCCUGCAGUGCACCAGCGCCUACCCGCUACAGCCGGAGGAUGCCAACCUGCGCGUCAUCUCGGAAUACCAGAAACUCUUUCCCGACAUUCCCGUCGGGUAUUCUGGACACGAGACAGGCAUCGCCAUAUCUGUGGCUGCCGUGGCUCUGGGGGCCAAGGUGUUGGAACGUCACAUAACUCUGGACAAAACUUGGAAGGGGAGUGACCACUCAGCCUCGCUGGAGCCCGGAGAACUGGCAGAGCUGGUACGCUCUGUGCGCCUGGUGGAGCGGGCACUAGGCUCUCCAGCCAAGCAGCUGCUGCCCUGCGAGAUGGCCUGUAACGAGAAGCUGGGCAAGUCUGUGGUGGCCAAAGUGAGAAUCCCAGAAGGCACCAUCCUGACCCUGGACAUGCUCACUGUGAAGGUGGGGGAGCCCAAAGGCUAUCCUCCUGAAGACAUCUUCAACCUAGUGGGCAAGAAGGUGCUGGUCACUGUUGAAGAGGAUGAUACAAUCAUGGAAGACUCUGUGGAAAGUCACAGCAAGAAAAUCAAGUCUUAAAUAAAGUGUCCGUGUCCUGUCGUGUCGUCGUCCCCCGUCCCGUCCCCCCCCCCCAGCUUCUCAGCCGCCCUGCUGUGACCGCCCCGUGUGCUGGGGGCAGGGGGCAGGCGUGUUGACCUCCAGGCCUCCUUGUCACAGUGGCCUCCUCUGUCCAGCCCUUCAGAAAAGGAAGAGCCAAUGAGGCCGUUCUGCUCUGAGGUGUCCAGCCAGAGAAGGCGGCCCAGAGCAAAAGUAGCUCCUUUAGGUUUUCUGUGUGGCUCGUUGUUGUCUUAAUCCUUCAUAUCCCCACCCUACAAAGCAGCUCCAGGAAGCUGAGGUCUUGAUUCCUCACAGACAGCUGACUUCCCUCCUACCCCUUUUGGCCUGGGUUCCUCAGAGUACUGAACAGUGGUCCCUUUGCAUUAGACUGUCUGAGGCCCUGUGGGCAGAAGCAAGACUGGACUCCUGUCUCUGAGUAAAGGUUGGGAGAGAGCAGGUGAUUUCCCUUUGUCAAAUCCUCAGGGUAUGCUCGGUGUCACCACCAGAGGCCUAGGGACAUGGCUCUAGCAGCCAGUCUCUUCUCAGAGGGCUUGUCCUCAGAUGAGGCAGGUGCAUGCUAACCCAUGGGGCCGUCGGUCAGUGAGACAGCUGUAGGAGGCAGAUGUGAAGCAGGGAAGAACACAGUCUGAAUAAGGGGGUGCCAUGUGGGGUGUGGAGCUUGCACCUCUUAAGUGUGAGGAGGAAUGCAGAAAUCAUCCCUGCCAUAAUCACCAGAGUGUCUUGUCACAUAUGACAGAUUACAAACCCAGACACAAAGACUCCAUUGUUCAACUUCUUCAAGCUUCAUGAACUUUUUAUAGAGGUUCAUUGUCACAUUUCACGUUGUUCUUUGGAUCAAUGCUGAGAUUAAUCAUUUUGUUCUUUUCAAAUA